GUAAAACGCAGCCAGAUGCAGAGCAUGUUUCAGUUUAGAAGAUUUCAGUUCCAUCAAUCGCCACAGGAGCCGCCACUGGUCAUAAGAUAACAGAUAUCAAGUAGUCAAAGAUAACAACAACACAUCAAAGAUGGCUGAUGCAGCACCAUCUCCGGUGGAAACUCCGCCACAGCAGAAGCAGGGAAAAAAGAAACAGAAGGGACACAAAUCACCACAAGGACCAAAAGACAAGGGUCAGAAAGGCCAAGGUCAAAAGCCUGCUGGAGGUCAUGGUCAAAAGUCAACUGGAGGUGGAGGUCAAGGUCAGAAACCUCCUGCAGGUGAAGGUCAAAAGCCUGCUGAAGGUCAAAGUCAGAAGCCGGAAAGUCAAGUUCCAAAGCCAACGGCAGGUCAAGGUCAAAAGCCUGUAGAAGUUCAAGGGGCUGAUGCUGCCCCACAGAAAUCGAAAGCUGAAUUAAAGGCGGAGAGGAGAGCAAAACAGGAAGCUCAGCGAGCAGCCAAGAUGGCUGCCAAGGGAGGUGACCAGGCCAAGAAGGGAGAUCAGGCCCAGAAGAAACCUGAGCAGAUGUCACAGCCUUCAAGUUCUAGCUCUUCAACAUCUCAGAAGAAGGAGAUGCGUGUGUCCUCAACGGUGCUAGCAGAUGACGCUCAUGAGCAGAAACGGGUCGCUAAGAAGUUACAGAAGCAACAAGUUCCUCAGCGGACUAAGUCACAGAAGACCGUCAGUCUAUUCAGUCAUCUACAUCAAUAUGAAAAGGACAGCAAACUCACUCAAAAAAUACAGUUUUCCAGCACUGGUCUUCAUCCUGCAUUUCUCCGACUUGGCGUUCAGUAUGCUGAGGGUAUUAUCUGUGGUUCUAACGCUCGAUGUGUCGGCCUCUUGGCGGCAUUGAAGCGGUUUGUCGGGGACUACACCACGCCUCCCCAGAAGGAGCUUGCCAGAGAUAUGGAGGCGAGGCUGAAGCCUAAUAUCACUUUCUUGAAUCAGUGUAGGCCUCUGUCAGUUUCGAUGGGAAAUGCAAUCAAAUACAUCAAAUGGCACAUAACGCAUACACCGUCAGAAAUGUCUGAUAGCGAGGCCAAGAAAAAUUUGUUUGAAAAUAUUGAUAACUUUGUGAAGGAGAAGGUUGUUUUGUCUGGGAAGGCGAUUCUGCAGUCUGCGUCUGCCAAGAUCAGGGACAAUGAUGUCAUCAUUGUUUAUGGCUGCUCGUCAUUGAUUUAUCGAGUCCUAAGUGGCAGUCAUGAAGAAGGGAAACGGUUCAGAGUAAUAGUCGUGGAUGGACGGCCGAAAAACGAGGGAAAGGAAAUGUUGAGACGUUUGGUGAAACUUGGUGUCCAGUGCUCGUACGUGCUCAUAAGUGCUGCUGCCUAUGUGAUGAAGGAGGCGACGAUGGUCCUUCUUGGUGCUCACGCCCUCCUGGCAAACGGUUGCGUCAUGUCGCGCGUUGGAACAUCGCAGAUUGCCCUGGUGGCGAAGGCUUACAACGUCCCGGUGCUGGUCUGCUGUGAAACGUAUAAAUUCUGUGAAAGAGUCCAAACGGAUUCUUUCGUAUUCAAUGAGUUAGCGGACCCAAACGACCUGGUCAAGACAGACAAGGCCAAGCAGUAUCUCUCUGGCUGGCGUGACAUUCCUGCCUUGAAUCUCCUCAACUUGAUGUACGACGUCACGCCACCAGAACUAGUAACGAUCGUCAUUACGGAACUUGGAAAAAUUCCUUGUACAUCAGUUCCUGUUGUGUUGAGAGUAAAACAAGUAGAGACUAAUGAAUAGUUGGGACAAUUAUCUUGUGAUAAAAGAAACAUUUGUUGAGCUAAGUGUCAACGAGGACUUUAUAAGCUCACAAAACUAUAUUUGAAUAUAUUGAAGGUGGAAGAAAACCUGGAAUUCUGCAGAACACCACAAUGUGCACAAAAAUCAAGAUAUUAUCUAGCAGAAAAUGUUUUUCAAAAAACAUGCGAUUUGUCACAACCACGUCAAAAGGUAAUGAAUUUUCAUUGCUAAGCAUGCCUGCACCAACGAUGUUUGAUUGCAUUGGCACCUAACGUCCUGCUUGAAAGAACUUGUGCACAUUUUGGCGUAAUGCUAAUUGGAAAGCUGAUAUCCAGUUUUUGUUUUGACCAGAGCCUGGUUUCAGGUUGGAUUAUACGUAUAAUAUACUAGAAUUUGGAAAAUGGCUUUUUCUUUACUUUCUGUUCUGCUGGAGUAGAACAUGCAGCUUUUACUCACUCCUCAAGGGUAUGAGCACUGACAAGACUGUUAUGUCUUAUUCUAAAGCUACGAUGUCCAAUCGUGACAGUGAAAUCGAGAUCAGCAAGUUCUCAUACAUUGCCCAUGACAUGUCAAGGUGUUCCAGUCCAUUUUGAUGCAAGUUCAACGAUUGUGACUGAAAGAUUUAAGACUC